AUGUCCUGGAGUAUCGUUCAUCAAAUCGCCAAGCCUAGGCUCUCGGGUAUCAUUUCACAUGAGAUACCCGACCUUGGCGAGGAAGAUGAAGGCUUCGUUCUCGUCAAAUUUCUUGCCGCCCCAAUCAACCGAGUCGAUUUGAUGGUUUUGGCAGGCCAGUAUCCCGUCAAGCCCCGGUACCUUGUCAAUGAGGAGCCGGUUCUUGGAUUUGACGGCUGUGGCGUUAUUGUCGAGUCAAAGGACCCCAGCUUGGAACCCGGCGACGUGAUCAUCCCGCGGGAGCUGGGCCUCGGCACCUGGCGCACCCAUGCCGUCCUCCCCGCGAGAUCCCUGCUGAAGCUACCCGGCGGAACACCCCCGCUAGCGGCGUCUCUGUUGCGCUCUUCCGCAGUGGUUGCCUGGCUUUUGCUCGAAGAGGUGACUCCCCUACAGAAAGGGGACUGGAUCAUCGUAUCGGCGGGGACAAGUUGCGUUGCGCAAUUCCUCGCUCAGAUCGCGAGCCGCAAGGGCAUCAAUGCCAUCUUAGUCAUACGUGACCGCGAAGGCGUGUCCGAGUCAAAGAAGGCACUGCUGAAGCUGGGUGCUGCAAAGGUCAUAACCGAGUCGGAGCUGGAGGUCCGCGAGGGCGAACUAUUCCAAGAAAACCUGGUGCUGGCGAUCGACAGCGUUUUUGGAGACGUAGGCCAAAGACUGGUUGAGACGCUCUCGCCAGGUGGGAAAUACGUACUCCUUGGCAUGCUUGGGGGACCGGCUGGGAGUCUCGCGAUAACUACGAAGCACUUGUUCCACAGAAGGCUUUCAUUACUGCCAUUCAGAAGCUCUGAGGUUCUCAGUAGACUCGGGACCGCUAAUGCAGAUGCGUUGUUCCACAAGAUUGCACGACUGCUAACUGAUGGAAGCCUUAAGUGUCCUGAUGUCCGCAUCGUAGACUGGGCACAAGGGGAAAACGAUCAUACCACGCUCGAGACCAUUGUGCAAGAGUCUCUUAAAACUGCUGAAAGCAAGGAUGUGGGGUACCAGAAGCUGGUCUGGAACUUUCAAUAG